AUGGCCUCGUUUCUGCCGCCGCAGCGUCAACUGUCGCAUAUCUCCCGACGCCAACCUGGCUGGAUCCCUCCCUCUGCUACGGCCGGCAAGACUGCUCUCCUUAUCUUGUUUGCCGCUGCCUUUUUCCUUGCACUGGGCAGUGCUACCGCAGCGGAAGGGCAACAGCAGCAGCGGCCAUUGAAGGCCACCGCGGCAGGGGCAUCGUCGCACGUGUCGAACUCACUGUGCCCUCGCUGCCCACUGUGCUCGCGGCCGGGGACACCAAUGAAGGACUGGCUGAAGUACUGCCACACCACCACCGGGUAUAUAUUUUCUCUCUUCUCCUGGGGGAAGUCUACGCUGGCAGGGACACAGCGCACCGGAGGCUCGAUUCGCGAGCAACGGCAGCUCUACCCACUGGAGCUCCCAUUCGCGACCGACGAUGCCGUGCGUCGGCAGUGCAUGCGCGAUCUGCAGGAUCUUCUUCUCGCUCGUGUGCGAGGCCAGCCGCAGGUCGUCAUUCCGCUGCUCGAUGUGCUUCGGCACAAGCUCGCCUACCCGCGCGAGCCAGUUGUGGUGCACCUUGCUGGGGAUAACGGCGUCGGCAAGAGCCACACGGCACGACUUGUGUCGGAGGCGCUCUCGCUGCGGUGUGCACUGGACCGCGACGUGUGUGACGCUGGGGACAACCUGCUGAUCAUUUCUGGCACCGGUUUCGACGGCCUCUCGGUGGCUGAGGCGCGCCAGCGCAUCGUUGGGCAGAUCGUCGCUCACGUCGCGCGCUACCCACACGGGGUGGUGCUGAUCGACGACCUGACUGCCAUGGACCCCGUCCUUGUCAGCGUGCUGGCGCCUCUGUUCGGCAGGGCCUCUCAUUUCCCUGAGCAGCUCGCUCGCUCCUCUAGCGCCACAGCCGCACGUGUGAGGCACACGACAGCCAAGCCGCUGCAGACAGCGCACCAGUGGAUGAAGGUCUUCGGCCGAGAUGGGGGCAGGGGCUCGGCGAAGGAGGGCAACGAUAGGAAAGGGGAGGCAGCCGCUGGGAUAGACGGUGCGCCGCCUGCGGCAUCAGAAAUGACGAGCUCCCUCUCUCGCAGCGGGCAACCGCCGCCGCCGCCACUUUCACAACUGCUUGUGUUCAUUACAACCGACUUUGGGCGGCAGGGCCGCACCGUCGGCAAGUCGCGCGCCGAGAUCGAGGCGAUGAUACAGCACGACUUUGCAGACCUCUACGGCUCUCUUCUCCCCGCCUACACCCGCACCUUCGUCUACUUCCCCUUCACCCAGGCAAUGGCUGAAGACGUCGUGCGCAGCGCCGUCACAGACCUUCCCUGUGCGCUCGGCGAGCGCCUGAUCGCUUCCAGCACGAUUAGCGAUGAGGCUGUCGCCUUCCUGGUUCAACAGCAUCGCCAGCUGUGGUCUGGGAAGGAGAACGGCCAUGCCCUUCGACGGCUGAUCGAGGACGAGAUCGUCUCGCAGCUCGUUGCGUACUGGGAGACGCACGAGGAGCAGAAGGCCUUCGAGCGGCUGCGGGUCCGCUUUGAGUUGGAUGAGGCAAGCAUGCGCGUACUGCUGCGUACACCGCAUGCAUCGACGACCACAGCGCUACCGCCUUCGUCUGCGCUCUCGUCGACUGAAGCACGUGCGCAUGUCCGUGACGGAGUCCACAAUGAAGGCGAGGAGGAGCCCAGCGACCUAUAG